AGAUCAAGAAGUCAUUUCGGCGCUUAUAUAUUUCAGUUUUGUUUUUGAACUUGCAAUAGCUAUCUUUUAAUUGUGAUUUGGUGUAUUUCGACGUUGUAAAGUGUAUAAUUCAAAGUGGCAUUCAUUUUCGCGACCAAGUCCUAGUAACUCGAUGUGCCCAAGACAGGAGAAAAGUGAACCGUAUUGCUGGGGACUCCAAUGCUCAUCGGAUUAAGGAUAUUCUUCCUGAUGAUAUAGCUGUCAAAUGCCUGCCAAUCUCUGAUGAGAAUAUGUAAUGACAAUGACAUUCGCCAACUCUGUUUUCAAAGGUGCCAAAUUUUCUUGUGAUCGUUUUUCCAUGCAUUGUUGAGAGACUUGCGGAAGAUGGAUGUUCAACAGCUGUAUCUUCAUCUAGGCUCAAAUGACAUUCUUACGAAUGAAGCGGUGUUUUACCGAGUUGUAGCUGACUUGUGCGAUUUGGUGCAUCAGGAGGCGCACAAUCGGUGUCCAGAAUGCAGGGUUGUUUGCUCCAACGAAGACGCUUUGCUGAGCCACUUCUGCAGUCGCCACAUCAAGCAACCAGAGACUGGAAAAGAGAGUAAAAUUAAGCUGAUAGGCUCACCAAUGAUUGCAUCUGCUAAUCAUGAACUCAACGAAGUCAGCUCAAGGAAGUGGAAGGCAUGCUUGGAAAAUAGAAGUUUCCAUUAUGAAGGAACAUACAAACAUUUCCCACCCACCAUGUGGAUCAAGAUGUUUGGGCUGAUGAUUCUGGGUCGUAUGUGUGGACAAGGUGGUCUUCAUAACAUCAUGAUGCAGCUGUGUAUUCAACAACAUGUUAACCUGUCCCAGCGGAUGUUGAUGCUCUUAAAUGAUGUUGAGAACAAUCCAGGACCGGAGUAUUCGUGCAAAUGGAUAUCCUGCAAGGAAGACUUCCACUCCAUAGGACAGCAAGAUGCACAUAUCAUCUCUCAUGUGGUUCAAGAGAAAUGCUGUAGAUGGGGAGACUGUACCAAAGUCCUGAGCUUUAAUAGUCUUGAAAUCCAUGAACUUAAACAUCUCUAUGAUGUGAGUUUAGCACUGUGUAUGAACUGGUGUUGCUUCAUUUUCUGCAUAUCUUUAUCUCAAUCUUCUCUAGUUUUGAUGGUCAAAUACAUAUUGUCUGCCAGUUUUUUUCCCCCAAUACUGCCGUUCAUCGUUUGCUUGCAUCAAGAGUUUUAAAAGAAAUUAAAACUCAUUUGUUUAGUUAGAAUCUUAUGAAAGACUUAAAUGGCCAUGUUUAAUACAAUUGUAUAACAACAUAUACGAGCUAAAAAAAUAGUUGGAAUAAUUAAUGUAUAUAUGAACAUAACAAAUUUACUUAAAAUCAUAGGUCUUGUUUUUGUCUGCCACUAUAAGAACCAGAACAUAUUUCGGACAUUCGAGGAUUGACUUGCUGUGUUAGAGGAUCAUCAGGUGAUGGAAGAAACCAGGCUUUUUUCGACUCAAUGUUGAUGAAACCUGAUCGACAUGCUCAUCUUGGUUGAGUAAGCCUGGGUUGAGUGUGUCCAAAAAGUAGGUAACCUGGUGAAAUCUUAGGAAAACAUUGUAACCAGAUCCAGGUUUAUUUGACUGACAGACCGAUGGACAGUGGGUCAACCGUAAAUCCCUUCAUGUGAAAACGGUAGGGACAAAAUAAAUAUCACAUUGCUCUUCUGAGUUCAUUUGUAAACCAAGUUUUAUCACAAAAUUAAAAUGGUCAAUGUAUUAUUUUGUGUAUUUAAAAAUUAUGUGAAUAUUAAGUUUCAUGAAAUCUUACUGAGUUUUCUCAAUUUUAGCUACUAUUCGGACAUGGACUGACGGACAAAUGGGCAACAAUGUCGCAAUUUGUAUACCAAGUUUUAUAAGAAUUGUUUCAUAAAAGUAACCAAUGUGUCUGUUCUAUGUCAAGGUAACUACUAGGAUGAAAUACACAAAAAGAUUUU